UUGUGUAUCGGGUUCUCUGGAUCCCUCAGUCGUUGCCGGCAUACCGUCACCGUUGUGUGUUUCAAAAAGACUACAAUAAAAAAUUAAAAAAAAAAAAAUAACAAUGUCUCCAUUCCAUUCAGUUUGUGCAACAAGCUUUGCACUUGUGACGUGGUGUUGCGUUUUCAUAAGUCUUGUUCAAGCUCACACAGACCUUAAAGUGGAAACAAUUUACAAACCCGAAGUUUGUGAUAGAAAAUCACAAAAUGGAAAUCAGCUGACCAUGCACUAUACAGGAACGCUCCAAGAUGGUACCAAGUUUGAUUCAAGUUUGGAUAGAGAUCAACCAUUCACUUUCCAAUUAGGGGUUGGUCAAGUUAUCAAAGGUUGGGAUCAAGGACUUGUGGACAUGUGUGUCGGUGAAAAGCGGAAGUUGAUUAUACCACCAGAAUUGGGCUACGGCGAUAAAGGAGCUGGCAACGUUAUUCCCGGAGGUGCAACUUUACAUUUCGACGUUGAACUUAUCAACAUCGGCGAUUCGGCUCCAGUGACAAAUGUAUUUAAGGAAAUCGAUGAAGACAAUGACAACCAACUGUCGCGCGAGGAGGUGAGCGCAAUGGUGAGUAAGUACCUCGCCAAGCAGAUGGAUGGUGCUAAGGAAGCAGGAGAGGAUAACGAGGAAGUCAAAAAGAUGUUGGAAAAUAACGACAAACUGGUUGAGGAGAUUUUCCAACACGAAGACAAGGACAAAAAUGGCUUUAUUUCACAUGAGGAAUUCAGCGGGCCAAAGCACGAUGAACUUUAAAAGACUUCAAACACCUAAAAUCUUUUUUCAUUGAAUUUUUACUGUCCUACAGAAAAAAUAUAUCUGAAGUACAGUUUUGAUCGAAACAAUGAUAAAAGCUCGUGCAAUAAAAGGGGACAACAACUUUUAUUCCCUAAUAAAUAAAUUUUCAAUUCAUCUGUGUCAUCAUUAUAUUGUCUUUCGUUUCUGAAAUUUUCUCUCAUAAACGAAAUAUAUUUUUGAAAACACAGAAAAUGGACUCAUAGAUAAAUUUUCUUAUGGAGAAAUAAAAAAUUAAAAACAUCGAAUUCUCCAUUCAACGAUGAAUUAUUAUUAUUAUUAUUAUUAUUAUUAUUAUAGUAAAAAAGUGAUUUUUUAAAAUAAAAACAAAAAAAACUUAUACGACUUGACGAAAUACGAUAAACUGAAUGUAUCAAUAAGCAUUUGCGAAAGAGAAAAAAGAAUCCAACGAUUCCUGCUUUUCACUCGUAUGCAAUAAUUGAUUACUCUAUUAUAUAAUAGAUUUAUUUAGAGACACAUCAAACCUAUUGUAAAUAACAAUAAUUAUUGAAUUUUUUAUCUUUUAAAUAUUGUAUAAAAGUUCAGAUAUUUCAGAGGAAUAACCCGGGCUUAAUAUUAAGAUCACAGUUUAAUUUUUUUUUAUUAGUUUAUAAGUACAAUUUAAUUUCAGUUAUAAAACGAAAAAAAAAUCGAAUUAUUCUUUCUUCUCCUCUUUAAAUUUUAAAGCCAAGUCUUUUUAUAUACUUUGUAAUUUUAUAAAUAUAUAUUCUUUUUGUAAUAAUAUAAAAUAUUUAACCACUUCAUUUCAUUCUUUUCGAAUUCUAAAUAAUAUUUGUAAUUUUAUAAUGUAAAAAAAGAAUUAUUAUUCAUAACAAUCGCUGGUAAUUAAUGUUGCAUUUAUACUGUAUAGAACAUUCCAAAUAGAUAAAUUCAAUCGCCGCACGAUCCCCCCCCCCCCACCCCCAAUUGUAAAAAGUUUCGAAAAAUUCAUUAUUGCGCAAAUGUGAAGGGAGAAAAAAAAAAUCGGAGUGUUUUUUACUUGAGUGUGGAAUAGAUGAAAUUUAUGAAAAAUGAUGUGUUACUCUGCUCUGUCAAUUAUUGUACUCAAAACAGCUUCAUAAUCAUAUUCUAUAGAAAUAAUAAAUCACCUUUUUCAAUUUUUGAUCAAAAUUCUCUAUACUUUUAUUAUAUCAUUUUUAAUUGUACUUAAAAUAACAUAACAGUGGAUAACAAAUUUUUUGAAGAUUUGUUGUACUACCAAUAUUGUCUCUUUCUCGUUGCUAUCAUGAAUCAUUGUAAUUGAUACGUUUUUAUUAUUACAUUAUAUUGUAUGUUGUUAAAGUUGGAUAAAAGUUAAAAAUAAAUUGUGCAUUUCAAGCACACUUUGUUAAUAAAA